AUGGAUCACCCUCAGCCCGGAACACGUCGAAUAGUGAAACCAGGGACCAAGAAGAGGCGACCCCCCUUGGCUUGCCUCCAAUGUUAUCAGCGGAAGUUAAAGUGUGGAAAGGAAUCCCCAUCCUGUAGCCGCUGCGUGAAAGCAGGAAUCGCCAACGAAUGCACGUAUCGCGGAAAUUCGACUAGCCAGAGAGGCGACACUCCCAGUGGGAGUCAGUUCGAAAGAAGAAGAGCUGUGCCUGCGCUAAGCGUAUCAGAUCAAAGAGGAUUGUGUGAACAAGCUCCCCCGCCCUUACCUGGUAGCAAGGAUAUCACUCAUCUCCGAACAAGAGGUAGCAUUGUACAAUUUUACGGAUAUAGCUAUCACUUGAACUUCUACCAACAGUUUCCAGAGCUCCGAUCGUACAUCGCCGGGGUCAAAGCCAGGUACCCUGCGAUCAAUGCUGCGAGAGACAGGGUUUUUGGGCCUUUGACUGAAGGAACACGUCACGACAACCUUAUAAACCGCCAACUGAACGAAGUCUCAUUGAGGCUAAUGAUACCGCCUAAGUCAUCGACUGAUCUGUGGGUGCAGAGCUACCUUGAUCGCUUCGAAGUCACACAUCGUGUGCUGGACAGAUCGACUUUCAUGGCGGAGUACAGUCGUUAUUGGGCAAACCAGACGACGGCUACCCCAGCUUUCUUUAUUCAGCUGUUGCUAGUCCUUGCGACCGGUGCAAGCCUACAUAGCGACAAGUAUGUCGCCAAACCUUGCGGGGGAUCGAUAUAUGCUUCCACAAUGCAGUGGAUUGAAGCUGCUGAAGCAUGGCUAAGUAUCCCUGGUAAAUUAGUCCCGCAUUCGAUUGAGGCAAUUACCAGUCAUUGUCUACUGCUCAUUGCAAAGCGAGCGAACUAUAUCCAAGGAAGCUCGUUGUGGACGAGCACCGGCUCGCUGGUUCGACAGGCAAUGUCAGCGGGCUAUCAUAGAGAGAUAAACCCAGCAUCUCGAAUAUCGCCCUAUGAUCAGGAAAUGCGUCGUAGAUUAUGGUUGACUAUUGUGGAGCUCGAUGUUCAGGUCGCCAUAGAACGAGGGAUGCCGCCCACUGUCCGAGUUAAUGAUUUUUCUAUACGAUCACCGCUGCAUGUCAAUGACGACAAGCUUCACGAAUCACUUCACGAUCCAGACCUGGUCAUGCCACUUGAAACGUUGACUGAUACCACUUUUCAAGUUGCCUUAUUUCGUUCGUUAUCCGCCAGGCUGGAGAUCUGUGCUUAUGUGAAUGGAUAUGAUGUUAUGCUCGACUUCGAUCGAGUUGUGGAACUGGACGAAUCUCUGUACAAUGCGCUUCGCGACAUUCCUGAGUGGAACAGCCCGGCAGCAGAUCCACGUCAGCAGAAGUCUGCGUUGUACUUGAAGAAAAUGCUUCAGAUUCACCUUUCGCAAUUUUCUCUCUUCUUGCAUACGAAAUUUGUUUGUCAGUCUUCACCGUCGUCUCGUUCCGCGAUAUCCCGUCGAUCCCGUCUCGAUGCAAGCGCAGCUAUCCUGGAUUGCUAUCAAAAUCUCAUCAAGGGUAAUAUUCUUGAGAGACACGCUUGUUCGGCAGGGCUGAUGGUGGCUGCUUUGAAUAUCUGCCAUGAGAUAUACCUGUCGCAUGAACCUCGCAACGUCAUUGGAUUGACGACAGCCAUGGGAUUCUCACAUCAUCUUAUCAAUGCAGUCGAGGAUGUCCUUUAUACUUUACAAAAAAGAAUAAGUAGGACGCUCCACGGGCUAAAUGAGUACUAUCUUGUCGGCAUGAUCAUAGGAUUGGCCAAGUCCAGAAUGUCUCCAGAGGCGAUCGCAAGGAGUGACAAGGAGGCUGCCGAUCGAGCCAUCGAAGUCUGUACCUUCUUACACACGGCUCGGGCUUGUCUGCUACGAGAUGGACUUCCUGUGCAGCCAGUGUACGUCUUCUUACCCACUCUUCCCACGCAACUUGACUAUUGUAGCUCAUGGAAGCAUCGCAGUGAGUCCGAACAGGAGUUGGCGCAGACUUCGAUCUCCACUAUGCCCGACGAAAUCACCGGCGGUCUCAGUUCAUUGGUAUGCAGACAUCUUGUUUUUCGCAUCGUGGUAGCUAAUCCCAUUGCUCAGUUCCCGGAUAGUCUGGACCUCGGGGAGGAUGACUUCUCCUUAGAUUCGUUUCUCCAAGAUCCUUCGUUAUAUUUCUAGACAUGAGCCAACAUACAGAAUUAUAAGGGCGGCUUCACCGACCAUUUCCUCUCCGAUCGUCCCACU